GGUAAUUGUGUCCAUGCGCGAGACUACAGCUUUCCCUAUUCUCUCCGAGCACAGGGAGGGAGGAGAGACCGAGGACGGGAGAAGGGCCGCCAUUAUCGGGAAGCUGAAAAAACACAUUAACGCACACAUUCACCAUCACUGUAUUUGGCGUUUACAGUGGGAGAAGUGCUUUCUCCACUGAGGAAAAUCGCUUCGUCAGACUGCGCGUUUACGACUGAAGCGCGCGAUCAACACGAGCAACUCGAGAUGUUUUGGACACAACAAAGGAAAUUAUAAGUGCUCAAAAACAACGUGGUGAACCCAAGGGAAGACACAACGAUAGAAAGCUUUCCCCCCUCUUUUUUUUUAACGCCCCCUCUUAUCCAACACCGCGAUCGAGUAUUACAGUCAGAUUUUUGUCGAUGUUUUUUUUUGGUGCCUUUUGUUCAGCAUUUGGGAAGAGAUACGCAGAUUAGAUUGUUGAAAACUUUGAGAAUACGAUCCGUCAGGAAUUGGAUUGGAUCGGGAUCGGACAGUUGCGGAAGAAAAACCUUGAUGUUUACGGGACCACUGCUGGACUAUUAAUAAUAUCAUUAUUUUUUUUUUCAUCUUGAUUAAUUUCCUGAGCCGGUUGCUACUGCUGAUACAAGAGUGAACGAGAGAGAGGCAUGCUGUGGGUCAGAUCCAGGCUGGACAAACCUAAAAUCUGCAGGAUUACGGUUUUAAAGAGCCCUUGAAGAGAGGAGAUGGGCUGGAAUGUUACCACUUGCAGCACACCUGCCUAAAUCCAGUGCCUGUUUUUCCCCACCCUCAAACCCCAUUCCCUUAUUCCACUUCUAAAUCUCUGUCAAACUCAUGGAUGGACUUAUGUUUUUGGAUUUAACAUUUCUUCACUGAGGACAUAUUGGGCCUGCAUAAACAAAACCUAAAAGCAACUUUCUGGAUCUUUAGAAAUCACUUUAUGUCUGGCCUGUAAGCACUUGGAUGGAAUAUCAGCCCAGCAGCUUUCAGACUAGAGCUUCUGGGAAUGGCAAGAUGAGCGCUGUCAUACGAUGAUGAUGGCAAAAAAACAAGAUGCCCGGGCACCAACCUACAACCUUGUUGUGGUAGGUUUGUCCGGGACUGAGAAGGAGAAGGGGCAAUGCGGGGUGGGCAAGUCUUGCCUUUGUAAUCGCUUUGUCCGCCCCAGUGCAGAUGAUUUUUAUUUGGACCACACGUCUGUUUUAAGCACAAGUGACUUUGGAGGUAGAGUGGUAAACAAUGACCACUUCCUUUUUUGGGGUGAGGCAGUACGAAUGUUGGAGGAGGGGGCCGAGUCCCGAAUGCAUGUGGUGGAGCAAACAGAGUUUAUUGAUGACCAAACCUUCCAGCCACAUCGAAGUACUGCUUUACAACCCUACAUCAAGCGGGCAGCUUCUAACAAACUGGCCUCUGCUGAGAAGCUUAUGUAUUUCUGUACAGAUCAGCUUGGGCUAGAACAAGACUUUGAGCAGAAGCAAAUGCCAGAAGGCAAGCUUUUAGUAGAUGGAUUCUUACUAUGUGUAGAUGUGAGUAGGGGUAUGAACCGUAACUUUGAUGACCAGAUGAAGUUUAUCACCAAUCUAUAUAAUCAGCUAGCUAAGACCAAGAAGCCAGUUGUACUUGUGCUGACCAAGUGUGAUGAAGGGGUUGAGCGGUACAUCAAAGACUCUCACACCUUUGCCAUGACAAAGAAAAACUUGCAGGUUGUUGAGACCUCAGCACGCUCUAAUGUUAAUGUUGACCUUGCCUUCCUCACUUUGGUGCAGUUGAUCGAUAAGAGUCGAGGGAAGCCCAAGAUAAUUCCGUACUUUGAAGCCCUCAAACAGCAGAGUCAGCAGAUAGCAUCCGCCAAGGACCGUUAUGAAUGGCUGGUCAGCCGCAUUGUAAAGAACCAUAAUGAAACAUGGCCGAACAUCAACCGCAGAAUGCAGACAUCUCCUGAGUACAAAGAUUAUGUCUUCCUUGAGGGUACUACCAAAGCCAAGAAACUAUUUCAGCAACAUGUACACAGACUGAAGCAGGAACAUAUAGAAAGGCGGCGUAAAAUCUAUCUCAACACACUCCCACAGGCUCUUGACUCCUUGGUCCCAGAACUUGAUGAGGUUGAUCACCUGAGCUGGUCAGGAGUACAGAAAGUUCUAGAAACUAAGCGGGAGUUCUCCCAUUGGUUUGUCGUGUUGGAUGAUACACCAUGGGAAACUACACCACACAUUGAUAACAUGGAGGAUGAACGCAUUCCCCAAGAUCUUUUGGAAACCCCAGCAGCAGAAGUAAUCUAUGAGAGUCACUUAGAGCACCUGCGUAAUGAGCGAAAGCGGGCAGAGAUACGAUGGGAAUUCAAAGAGAAACUUACUUCCUCGCCAUUUGUUACGCCAGGGAAACCCUGGGAGGAAGCCCGUAGCUUCAUUAUGAAUGAAGAGUUCUAUCAGUGGUUAGAGGAGUCAGAGUACCUUGAUAUCUAUAACAAACACCAGAAGAUAAUUAUUGACCAAGCCAAAGAGGACUUUCAAGAACUUUUGCUGGAAUACUCUGAGCUGUUCUAUGAGCUUGAAGUUGAUGCUAAACCCAGUAAGGAAAAAAUGGGUGCCAUCCAAGAGGUACUAGGAGAGGAACAGAGGUUUAAAGCCCUCCAAAAGCUUCAGGCUGAGAGAGAUGCAUUGGUGCUAAAGCAUAUCCAUUUUGUCUACCACCCAACUAAGGAAACCUGUCCAUGCAGUCCCUAUUGUGUGGAUGGUAAAAUUGAGCAACAAUUAGCCCUUCGCUUUCCCACUCGAUAUUCAUUUGAUGGGAAUCUAAAAUCACAGUUUGGCGAAGGAAAAGUGGAAAGAAUUAAUCUUGUAAUUCUUGGCAAAGAUGGACUUGCAAGAGAACUAGCUAAUGAAAUCCGAGCACUGUGCACCAAUGAUGAUCGGUAUGUGCUAGAUGGAAGGACUUAUGAACUGGCUCUUCGACCAAUAGAGGGCAAUGUGCGCCUUCCAGUGAACUCUUUCCACACCCCUACUUUUUCUCCACAUGGCUGCCUUUGCCUCUACAACUCCAAGGAAUCUUUAUCAUAUGUUGUUGACAGCAUUGAAAAAUUACGAGAAUCAACCAUAGGUCGAAGAGACAGUAGCCUACUACAGCUUCCGUUGUCUCUUCUGUUAGUCACAAAACGGGGUGUUGGUUCAAUUGCUGAUAUUGGGGGUGAAACUGCCCAAAGCCUGAUUCAACAAGGUCAGCAAGUGGCUGGCAAAUUUCAGUGCAGUUAUUUGGAACCUGCUUCCCCAGGUGUGGGUUAUGGCCGUAAUAUAAAUGAAAAGCAUUUAAAUCAGAUUUUAAAAGGUCUCUUAGACACACGGAGACCCUCACUUGGUGUUGGCAGUAGCUCUCCACCCUUAUUGCCUCCACUUGCAGGGUUCAGAGACUCUCAGCAGAACUUAGAUGCUGACUUAAGAAUUGUAAUGUGUCUAAUGUGUGGAGACACUUAUGAUGUAGACCAACUUCUUUCACCUUUUUUGCUCCCCCAGCACUGUAGACCCUCUUCCAGUCUGUCCAGUGGAACAUCAGUACUGUUGGAGUUAUCGGUUGGUGGGAAAAUGCAAAGCAUUGAUCUUGCUAUACUGUCUUAUCAUUCAUCUUUCUCAUUACGUAAAAGCAAAUUAGUGCAUGGUUACAUAGCAGUAUACUCGGCCAAACGAAAGGCUUCCAUGGAAACACUUUGUGCCUUCCUUUGCGAGGUCCAGGAUAUUAUUCCCGUGCAGCUGCUUGCUGUUGCAGAAACUCAGUCAGAACUUGCAGAAUCUGAGGCAGUCCGGGAGCAGCUUGCCCAAGGGGAGGAAUUGGCUCAUGAAAUUGAUGCCCGCUUCAGUUCUGUGAUCUGUGGACCUGGUGGGGUCGUUGGAGGCUUGCAUCGGAUAGACCACUUCCAGCCAUUCCUCAAAGAGGUAGUGGAGAAAAGAACCAUUGUAGAGGCAACACACAUGUAUGACAAUGUCGCAGAUAAUGUCACCAAUGAGAAUUUUUCUUCACCUCGAUGUGGCUCUCCAAGCACCACUUUGCUGGACUCAGAAGAUGACAUUGAUCCCUCCCCACCUUGUCCUACUCUGAGGGAUGAUGGCACCUUCAAACUCCCUGAUUUAGAGGGUGAUAACUUUUCGCUUAUCUCUGACAUCACCACCUUUGAAAACAAGCUUAACAACAAAUUCUCACCUCAGGUUCGCCCAAAACCCAAUGUCACCUUUGACAUCCCCAAAACCUCAAACUUCAGUUCAUACAUGGAUCAGGUGGUCAACAGGCGCUCAUUACCAUCAGUCUCCUGGCCACCAAGCAGUGAAAGUGGUUAUGAUCCUUCUGAUUAUGCUGAGCCCAUGGAUGCAGUUGCAAAACCUCGUCCCACAGAGGAAGAAACUAUAUAUGCUGUACCACAUGAUAGCACUCAAGGCAAGAUCAUUACUAUUCGCAAUGCAAACAAGGGUCAUGCUAAUGGUGCAGGCAAUGGGUCAGACAGCGAAGCUGAAAGCAGUUCAUUGGAGCGUCGACGAAAAAUGUCUGCUCUAGGAGUUAAACCACGGCUUUAUCGUGAUCGCUCCAAACGCCUCGGAAAGUUUAGCAACUUUCGCACUAGCUUCAUCGGCAGUGAUGAUGAAAUUGGAGGCCUCCCCAAGACUAAAGAAGAUGAGAUUGGAGCACAGAAAGGGGACAGCUCUUUAAAUGAGGAAGGGGAAGACCCAAAAAGGAGAAACCUCUUGAAAAGUCUGCGCAGAACUACCAAGCAGAAAACAAGGCCAAAAGCUCGCCAAUCUUCGCUCUCCAAACCUUAUGAGAGCAACUACUUUGGAGUUCCCCUGGCCAGUGUGGUCACACCUGAGCGGCCCAUUCCAUUCUUCAUUGAAAAGUGCAUUCGUUACAUUGAGGCUACAGGGUUAAGCACAGAAGGAAUCUACAGGGUGAGUGGAAAUAAGGCAGAGAUGGAGAGCAUGCAGCGACAGUUUGACCAGGACCAAAACAUUGACCUGAUCGAGAAGGAUUUGUCUGUGAACACAGUGGCUGGAGCCAUGAAGAGUUUCUUCUCGGAGCUGCCUGAUCCCCUGGUACCCUACAGCAUGCAGGUGGAGAUGGUCGAGGCCUUCAAGAUCAAUGACCGUGAGCAGCGCUUCCACACCAUGAAGGACGUGCUGCGCCGGUUCCCUCGAGAAAACUAUGAUGUCUUCAAAUACGUCAUCUCUCACCUGAACAGGGUGAGUCAAAACAGCCGCUUGAACCUGAUGACCAGCGAGAAUUUGUCCAUCUGUUUCUGGCCAACGCUGAUGCGGCCCGAUUUCACCACCAUGGACGCUCUGACGGCCACCCGCACCUAUCAGACAAUCAUCGAGACCUUCAUACACCAGUGUGCUUUCUUCUUCUACAAUCAACCUUUGGUCGACACCCCCAGCGGCCUUCACGGACAGCCGGCUUCCCCCACCUCCACCUUAUCUUCUGCCACCUCUGUGCCAAGCUCUGCCUACUCCGCCUACUACGCCCCUCAGCAACCCAUAAUCCCACCUUUCAGUCCUAUUCAACAGUCCCCGUCUCAUUCUCCACCCCAUACCCCGCAAUCCCCCAUCCAGAACCUGUUGCCUUCGCUGCACCCUCACCAUGCCCCUACGGAACAACACAUGCUGUGAACCUGAUGGGAGAAAUGCAAUGGGAGCACUGAAAGAGAUUAAUUGAAUGGACCAGAUUUCAGGGAUUUUAACUAGAUGUGGAAGCUAAAGGGCAUUGAGAAAUGUGGGGUCAAAGCCACUUCUGCCACACUUCAUCAACUCGAAUUAUUCUCCUACAUGAAUUGCAAAACCUCUAGGUUCUCUGCCCUUUAUGCUCCUCGCACACGUGGACCCCAAACUCAUCUUUGGCACGCCAGUUAUGGGUCUACAUGACAUAGACAGUUUACGGGCCAAAGCUCUUUUCUUCGUUGAUUGGCCAAUGAGUUGAUCGGUGGGGUGGGGUGUAUGGACCAACAGGACGAGCUCUGAACUGAGCCCCACCCCACACUCCCAACUGGGUGACGGCCGUACACGGCCUCUUAGGAAUAAAGUUAAGGGUGCCCUAUAUAUUCAGCCCAUUUUCGUUGUAGCUUUUGACCACUGUUAUUAUCGAAAACCGAAAAAAUGUCGUCUGCUUAUUUUCUGGUGCAGCCACACGACUACAUUCCUCCCCCUUAUUUAUCCUGUUUCGCUCGUGACAACCGUUUAAAGACGCUAGAACUUGACAAACUGGAUCUGGUUUUGCUGGGAGUAUGUACGUGGUAUGCUUUUGCACAGCAUCCUGGGAUUGGAAGUCUUUGCCGAAUUGUCUGUCCUCGUAAUGAGCCUCCAGAACAUACUGGAAGACUACUCACAAAAUGUCCUCACUUCCACACUUCACUUGAUUUCCUGCUCAAUCUUCGACUUCGGAUACUCGUACCGUAUCUAUUCACUCGGUAGAGAGGUGUUAUUACACGUUAUGAUAGGAAGCCCCUCCCCUUUUCUAAGUCAUGUUGUGGAUUAGUUUUUUGCGAAUGAGUAUAAACCAGUGAGUGAUGAUUGGGAAUUGGUCAGGAAUUGUGGUCCACGUGCUUUCAGAUGAACAUGAGGAGAGGUAUGCACAAAAUGUUUUUAAGCUAAAGUAGAUGCUGUUUCAAACUACCUGUACCUGUUUAGAUGGGAUUGAAGCGUGUGUUUGUUUGCAAGUUAAGUGAUGCAAGUUGAUGGCAAGUAAUGGCAUUUGGGAAAGAUCUUAAUACGGAAGGAUUCAAAUGUUAACAGGAUGUGUUGCUGAUCCCAUAGGAUUUGAAAUAAGUAGUGAUUCAUGCCAUUGGCGAGGCUAAGUCAGCUACAUUUCUGUACUUGGGAGACAUCUGAAGAAAAUAUAAAGCAUCUUGAAAUGUUUGACAGUUGUGUGAUGUGAGGGGGUUUAGAGGAAGGAAAACAAGAAAGCAAAGGCGGUAGCUCGUGUGCAUGCUGUCGAGUUAGCCUAGCAUGGGCUUUGCCCUUUUGUGAGUUGCAGGAGUACGACACUACCACCUGGUGGACAGUGAAUGUAUAGCACAUCACAGUUAAUCGUAUUUGUUUUUUUUUUGUUUUUUUUUUGAGAAAAUGCUGAAUGCACUUACAAUCAUAUCAAGUCACAGUUUAACAAAAGCAAGAAAAUAAAAUUAAGUUUGUGCCGAUUUUCAACAACACUUAAACUUUAUAUAAAUAUAAUUUUCUCUGAAUUCAAUACCGUUGUGUUUGACCUCAGAUGAGUCGUUCAGGAGCCAGGAUUUCUGAAUAGAGGAAACUUUUCAGCUGUGAAACAAUUGCAGUCAUUUGUUUAUGAAAAUUAUAGAAAGAUGAAUGUAUUCAACUACAAGUUUACUUCAUUUUUGUGCACAUCUCUCCUAGUUAGUGUACCACAACUGUCCUGAUCUCUUGUCCACAGAGAUCAAGUCUGACUUCUGAUUGGCUGCCUAAUGAGCCACACCUUUAUACCCAUAAUCUGAGAUGAUCAUAUCCUUGCUUAUACAUUAUCUUUUGCUGUCGUUUCUUCAGAGAGCAGGUAAAAUGGUAUAUUUUGGGAACUCGAAAGCCGUGCGGUCUUUAAGCCCCUGGUACUUGGUAUGAAUGCUGCAUUUUCAAAUGUAUUGUUUCAGUGUCGUUCGCAGCCAAAGACUGUGCGAAAUAUAAAUAACUAGGGCAUGGGGAGAAACCGAAUGGCAAAAACAUUGCCAACAUGUUUAAAAAUAAUGUGACAUUGGUUCGGCAAAUGCUCUUUGGCUGCAUCACUUUAUGUUUUGUUUCAAUUGUGUUUUGCAACAAUGGUGACAGACGGUUAAGUUAACGGAGAAAUGAGCAAAACUAUAUUCCGAAUGGUUGUUUAUUUGUAUGUUAGGGGGUCUAACACUUUGCCCUAUAGUCAAUGGUGAUAGAAAAAAGUUUUUUCUUUUUAUGUUUUAUUUUAUUAAUAAUAAUAAAAAAUGAGAGACAGCAUUUUUUAACAGUUCUUUUGUCAAUGGUGUAAAGGCCACAAUGAUGUAGUGCAUGAUUCAAGACCAGGUCCGGGAGAGCGGUCUACCACUCUCAGUAUUAAAAAAUGAACAAAGAAUAAAAAACAGAAUGAAAAAUAAUGAAAUAAAUGAAGUUACGUCAACAAAUGAAAUCAUGUCAUUGUUUGCCAAGACCUUGGUAGUUAGUCUCAUUGGGAAUGGUGUAUAAACAGUUCAAGGCCUUCUGUGACCUGUAUUAUAGUUAAUAAAUCAAUCUUGUAAGUUC